CUACUAACGAUUACAGUAACAGUCGAUCAAAUCUGCCAAGCCCUAGUGUUUUUUUUCUCCUGUCCCAAGCUCCCACCAUUAAUCUCUGUUGGUUGUUGUUGUCUAGAAGAGAUCGGAAUAUUCAUUUGGUUUUGCGACACUUCGGCCGGUUUCUACUCUCGACGCGGUUGUUGUUCAUCUGGGAUUUAUUGAAGUUCAUGUUUACAUUGUUCUACAACUCCCAUCCAUACAUUUGUUCCUGGUCCUGACAUUUCUGCAAUUUGGAUUUUACGUACCAUAACAUAAAUAACCAAAUAUUCACAAUGGCCUACUGAUACUAACUGUUAUGGUUAAUGGUUUUGUCUGGCUUUUAAAGGCCUAUGUGAUCUAUCCGUUUAUUUUUAUGUUCAUCAAUUUGUCUUAAUGGGAGACUCAUUGCAUUUUUCUCCUCAAAGUCAGAAUUUUGAAGUUCCAAGUGUUUCUGUCAGUAAAAAGGCAUUGGAAAGAUGUUUAGUUUCUUCUGCUCCAGAGGUUUUCUUUCAGAAGAGAUUCAAACAUAUAACUACUGUGGACCGUGUUAGAAUGGGAAGUGAUACUGCUGGUCAUAUAGCAUUCUUUUUGGUAAAAGUUAUGGCCCUAGAGGUUGUGCGAAGGUUCUCCAAGGCAAAGUGUCCAUUUGCAUGGCAUGGUCUUCAGGGACUCCAGCUUCUUUGCUACCCACCACUUAAGUGGAUCCGGAGAUGGUCCCUUUUCAGGGGUCUUGUAAAAGGCAUGCAGGCAUUGUCAAGACCCUUUGUAUUCCUCUCAAUUGCAACAGCUUUGUCUGAUCGAUUGGAGAAUGGUAGAGAAACAUCAGAUCGUGUUGAUGGUUCUCAAGUAUACACAGAACCACAUUCAGAACAGUCUAUUAUGGAUACAAGGAUUUGCAAUCUAGCACCCGAAAGUCCGCAAUCUGAAAAUUGGUUGCUUCAACUCCGCAAAGAGCUAGAACAGCAGGGAAUUUCUUUACCAGCAAGGAUUAAUGAAGAUGAGCUCCGGAGAUUCUAUGCUGCUGCAAAUGGUGACUUUUCAUGCUUACUUGCAUUAGUCAAGAAGACUAUUCAUUGGAGGGAAACUUACCAUAUUCUUUCAGAACAGGAGCUUGAGAUGUGGUCACAUUUGGUUUUUUGGCAUGGAUAUGAUGUGAAGCUUCGACCUUGCCUUAUUAUCCGCCUUGGUCUUGCCUUUUCAACCUUAACUUCACAUGAUAGACCUCGCUUUGCUCAAGCUGUUGUAUCUCAGAUAGAGCAUGGGGUCUUGCAUUUAGUCAAUAUGGAAGAUCCUCAAAUUAUGGUUCUGAUUGAUUGUGGAGGUUUAUCUCCUUUCAAAGUUCCCAUGCAAACGAUCAGAUCUUGUUCUGUUCUUUUGCGAGAUAAUUACCCGAACCGUCUGGGCUGCUUGCUUGUUAUACGGCUUCGUCCAGUUGUCAAAGUGAUUGCACAAACUCUUAUUCAAAUUCUGAAACCUGCGACUCGGAAAAAGUUGAAGGUUGAAGGGGAUAUGUACCAAAAGGUUCUCUCUGAAUACCUUAAGACUUUCCCAUCGUUUCUUGGUGGUAAAUGCAAAUGUGCCAAAUGUUCAACAGUUGGGAUCAGUGAUUCUCCUGUGGAUGAGGUGACUGACAACAGCGAAUCAAGUGGGAAUUCCACACGUGGUGAGGACCCAUUCUUUGUGGGCGAUCCUUAUGAGACUGACCUUCAAUAUCGCGGUAACUGCCAGGAGGUUGUAAGGACUGCUAUAAUUAGCAUGCUCAUGUUAUUCAUUUUUAUUGCUUUAAUUGGAGGGAUGUAUGUUCCAGAAAGUAUGUCUUUGUCUUCUUGAGAUCAUUGUAAACCAGCACACUUGCUUCAUUUGUUUAUUCACGUACCAGUCUCUAUUCAAAAUUAUUUGAAUUUUCCAUCUCAGAAUAAUCUGUAUUUUACUAGUGUAAUUUUCAUGUAUACUGGGUCGUCUUAUACCAGAAGAUGUCCCUGUUCUUAUUGUUCGAUUGAA